GUUAGAAGCUACAAUUUUCUACCGUUCAAAGUAGAGAAGGACAUAAGUGAAGAACAAAACUCUUGGGCUGUUAAAUCUGGAUAAGAUUGCAUUAAUAAACGCCACCUACCAAGUUAAGAGAACAAAUCCUACUUCUUCUGUAUCUUCACUCCUAUAUAUACACCAUGUUUUCCACUACUUUUUCUCAUCCUUCUUUACCAAACAUAUAUCCUUAAUACUGAAAGAUGGGUUUGAAGAUGACAAUACUGAUCCUAGCCAUGUUCGCCAUGCUCCUUUUCGCCUCCUCAGAGGUGCCAUCCACCAAUGCAAAAGAGGUGACAAAUGGAGUUGGUGAAGCCAAAUAUCCUGGUGGAGGCUAUGGCGGUGGCUAUCCUGGUAAUGGCGGUGGCUAUCCUGGUAAUGGCGGUGGCUAUCCUGGUCAUGGCGGUGGCUAUCCAGGUCAUGGUGGUGGCUAUCCCGGUCAUGGUGGUGGCCACGGUCAUGGUGGUGGCUACCCUGGACGUGGUGGGGGCUGUCGCUACGGCUGUUGCGGUGGCCGGUCAUACCACGGAGGUUGCAGAAGGUGCUGCUCUUACGCUGGUGAAGCUGUUGUUGCACAAACUCAGGAUGAGACUCAUAACUGAGAUAACUCACGUCAACUACGAAGUAUUUAAGAUAUUUCAUGAAUAAAACGUCGUGUCUAUAGGCAUGGAAUGUUCCAGUGGCUUUUCUUAUGGGUUUAAGAGCAAAUUAAAGAGAUGAAUAUUAUCUAUAUUCUGCAAAUUCUAAUUUGUUCCAAA